CACCGCUCUGCGUCAUAUCCUGGAAAUGAUACAAAGUUCAAAAGUGUGUAUUUCAGAGAAAUGUUCUGAUAAAUACAUUGGAAUGAAUAAACAAUGACGAACAAGAUCAGUGUGUCGUCCUCUCAGCUCGUCUGGAGAGUUUGUAAUUUAUUUAUGUCACUGUUUUUCGCGUUGGCAACUUACGUGCAGAUAAAUGAUCCAGAUGCCGGUUUGUGGAUGGUUGGCUAUGCUAUUCCAGCUGGAUUAUGUUUUUCGAUUUGCUGUCAUCAACAAAUAACAGAGUCAUUAUUGUGGAGGAGAAUCGCUGAUCUGCAUGUGCUCAUAUCCUCUACAUUUGGAGCCAUUCUGGGCUGGAAACUUUGUAAGGAGGGAAUUACAGACAUUUUCCAGCAAGAAGAAGGAAGGGAAUGUGGUGGACUCCUGCUGGUGGUUUUCUGGCUUCUGCUGUGCAGACAUUCAGGAAGGAGUGCGGUCGGUUCGGUGAGGAUCUGCACCGCUGUGGGAAUCACUGUGUUUCCCUUCAUCACAUGGAUCUAUUACUACAUGAACACUGAGAUGAGGAAACACUGGCCUGAACACUGUAACACUGCUCUCUGAUCAGCCACAACACAAACCUGUCCAGAUCCAGACGUCUGGUUUUAUUCACUGCAUUCCUCUGUUAUUUUGUGGAUUAUAUUCAGAAAGACGGCACCAUGACUCUAUGACUUCUCUAUCCCGGUAACUAUCCCGGUAAAUAUCUAUACUGGUAUCUUUCUUUCUCUGUGAAGAUUAUAAAACGAUUCUGUUUAGCACAAUAAAAGUGGAUGUGCCACA